CUUUCUCUGCUGCCAUUUCCAUCCCUCUCCUCGCUUCUCUCUCUCUCUCUCUCUCUCGCCGUCUCUUCUUCUCAGCUUCAGCAGUUGACCGUCUCGUUCGCAUCGCCGUCCGGCGUCGUCUACUUCGCAUGCACGUCGUCGACAACUCCCUUCGCCGAGAAACAGAGCCUCCCCCGGCGCCGAUGACGCACGACGGCCUGUCCACGCCGCUCGCGGGGCCUCCCCCGCCGCCGUCGGCGGCGGAGCCGGGCCGCUACGCUCGCCGGUCCAUCGAGACGCUGGUGGUGGUUCUGGCGGCGAUCACGAUCAUCGGCGUGGUCGCGGGGAUCGUGGCCCGCCUCUGCGGAGGGCGGCUCCUCGGCGGGAGCAGGGAUAACGACAUCGAGGGCUGGGUCGAGAGGCGGUGCAGGAGCUGCAUCGACAGCGGGCUCCCGCCGCCGGAGGAGAAGCCCGCGGAGGCGCCGGCGCCGGAGCUGGAGCAAGCGGAGAAGAAGUGAAGCGGGGCUGCUGCUGGGAGACGGUGAGUUUUUUUCUUUUUUUUUUAGUCAUUUUCUUCUUUUUUUGUGGUGGUUUUCUUUUUAUUUGUUUAAGGGAGAUAGGAGGGGUAAAAGCGUAAAAGGAGGGAGAGGGUAUGUAGUGCCCGUGAUCAGUAAUAAGGUUUGAAAAUAUAUGGGAAUGGUGUUGCAGAGUUGGUUUGAGCUAUUGCUCACUUAUUCUCUUUGCAAUUAGAGGUUCUAAUGUGUUAGCAAUACGAAAUAUUUCAUUUUACUCUUGGAAA